CAUCAAACAUCACACAAACCAUUAAACUCAAACCAAACAAAUCCUCCCACCCCCUCUCUCUCUAUUCAGGCGUGCGGUUAUUGAGUUGCUACUCAACAAUAAUGGCUGUUAGAGGAAUCCGAAUGACUAUACCAUAAUGCUUCUUGUCUCCAUUGUUCCCUUCCCUACUCAUCACCCCCAUCUCUCUCUUCUAUUCCCUCCUCUGUAAUUUUGUCUCUUCUCCAUCAUUCCGCCUCCUUUUACCUCCUCUUUUUUGCAGCUUUUGACCCUCCAUUACUCGACACCCCCACUCAAUUACCCCUAUAUAGACCGGACUCUCAGAGACGACAUGGAUGGCUAUGCUGGGUUGAUUCAUAGGAGGGAUACAGAGCUGUCCAACUCCAAUCCUUCUUUCUCUUCCACCCUUCUUGACUCUAUUUAUCGCUCCAUUGACGGGGAAGUAGAGGAUCCUCAGGAGCUUGAGAUUUUCAGAGAUACCAUGAGGAAGACACAGAGCAGCAACUCCUCUGUUUUGAAGGGCUCGGGUUGUAGAAAUGGUCGAUUUCCCGGUGCCGAGGCAGAGCGCCGGCGGAUCGACAGGUGGACGGAGGAGCAUGUGUUUGCUCGUCGGAACUCUGAGGCGGAGGUGGACAGGAAGUUGGGGUUGUGGAAUUCCAGCUCCAGCGGCUCUUCUGACUCAAGCUCCGGCGUAUUCUCCUCGUCGGAGCUCGAUUCCGUUUGUAAUGUUCCAUCCGGUGGGACGUCGUGUUACGGACUGAAUCGGUCAAAGCCCAAACCGAUCCGAACCGGGAAAGAGCGCUCUUCCUCUUCCUCUUCAGCUUGCCACGAUCAUCAAGCGAAGACCAAGAAGUCAAGAGCUCCCAAGAUUUACGGCGAUCUGAAAAAAGCGAAGCAGCCGCUUUCCCCCGGCGGCAGGUUAGCCAGUUUCUUGAACUCCCUUUUCACGGCGAAGAAGGCGAAAGUAUCCUCCGCCGGCUCCGACGAGGACAGGAAAGCGAAAUCGACUAACGCCUCCACGUGCUCGUCCGCCUCGUCCUUUUCAAGGUCAUGCUUAAGCAAGAGCACCACCACACCUUCCUCCGCCGCAAGAACCGCGGAGAAGCGGUCGGUAAGAUUUUUCCCGGUGAGCGUGAUCGUCGACGCCGACAACCGCCCCUGUGGGCACAAGAAUCUUGACCUCCCGUCGAAAGAAGAGAAGAGCCGGCGCGUGGAGGUGACGGCGAGGGACUUGCUGAGGAAUUACCAGAAGAAAGUGGAAAGAGAAUUCGGCUUGAAGAGGAUCAGCGGAGCUGGAAACAACGUCGAAAAAAACCUUAAAGUCUUCGAAGACGACGGCGACGACGGCGACAGUUACGCAAGCUCCGAUCUUUUUGAAUUGGACAAUCUCUCUGCCAUCGGAAUGGAGAUGUACGGCCGAGAAUUGCCGGUGUAUGAAACCACCAAUCUCGGCACCAAUCGAGCCAUUGCAAAGGGGUUAAUUUUGUAAUAAUAAAAUAAAUGAAUCCCAAAACAAUGUAUUUGGAUUAGUUUUAAUUAAUUAAUUAGUUAAUGUUUUAUUGAUUUGGGGGUUUAGUUAAGUGCAUAAAUUGAAGAGAAAUUAAUCAAUAAAAUUUCUCUUAUGGUAUAUUACAAUGUUUUCGCGGAUAUAUAGAGUGAAAAUAAAUGGGUAACAUUGGAUUUAUUAUAACUCACUUGAUUCUACCGUCAGACUUCUGAAUACAAACAUUUCAGAAAUUAAGGAAUAAGAUCCUUU